GCAAGAGAAAUUUUCUGUCUGAUUUUUUUCUGGGCACAUUUUGCUGGCCAUGUGAAUACUUUUUUACCUUCUUUUUUUUACCCCCAAAAAUCUUAGUGUAAAACAAUUUAGUGCAGAAUCGUGCCAGGAUUGCGAAGCUGCAGAAAAUGUGUAAAUUGUGACAUGAAUUAGUGCGUUGUGCGAUAACAGAGACUAGAAAAAUUCUUCAACCUCAAAUUUACCUUCAUAUCGUAUGAAGUCUUGUGCUUUUUUCUUUCGUGGUGAUUUAUUAUUAUAUUCUCCAGCGAGUGUCUUUGGACAAAUACCACAACCAAAAAUAAACCAAUUUAUCUCAUCAUCGUCAAUCCUCAGGAACUUCCCAGUGUCACUUGACUAAGGACAGAAGAAAAUGAGGAUUUUUCUGCGAGUUUUUAUUGUCACAUUUCUCUCCACCUUCCUCACCCAAGGAGUUGCAAUGGAAGACGAUGAUACUCCAUUUGAGCCUGGGAAGGAAAUAUGCUCCCGAUGUCACUGUGCCAUGCACGAACAGCCCAAAUCCAGUCACUAUCUUGUGGAUUGUUCAUCAAAGGAUAUGCACAAUGUCCCUACAGAAUGGCCCAUGGACGAGGGAUCUUCUGAUAUCAUCCUCGUGGCAUCUUUCUCCGGAAAUCAGAUAAACACCCUGCAUCGUCUUCCUCAAACGGACAAUUUUCUCUUCUUCAGCUGUCGCCACUGUGAACUGAAACUAAUUGAAGUGGAUGCAUUUCUAGACGUGCCAAAGAUUCUCCGAUUGGAUCUCAGUUGGAAUCAACUCACGGGGGAAACUCUGAGAUCCGAUACUUUUAGGGGGCGUUUUAACACCAAAUACUACGAACCAAUUGCCCUGGAAGAGCUCAAUUUGAGCCACAAUCGAAUAAGAUCGCUUGAAAGGAAGAUUUUUGAGCAUUUACCACGACUGAAGACUCUAUCCCUGGCUCACAAUCCUCUUGUUGAACUUGAUCCUAUGACCACUGGGGCACUCUGUUCGCUGCCAACAAUUGAGCACUUGGACUUCUCCUACAUGGGCUUGUCAACCAUCCCUGAUGAGAUCUUCCAGAAGAAACCCAAACUCCGAGAACUUCUGCUGCAGGGAAAUAAUUUUCAAUCAGUCCCUGAGAGUCUCUCCCUCCUGGGCAAAUCUCUCAAAUCCCUCUACGUUGGGGUAAAUCCCAUUGAAGAGCUGACAGAGCAGAGUUUCCUCGGACUGACCAAUUUGGUGCACCUCAACAUUAGCUUCAUGCCAAAAUUGCUGGAAGUGAAGGAACACACUUUCUCCCAGCUGAAACACCUUGAAAUGCUGAUAUCCAGUGAUAAUCCUCGAAUGGCCAAAUUUGAUGUUGAAAGCCUGAGAUGGCUGAAAUCCCUAAGAGAACUUCAUCUAUCAAAUUGUUCCCUGGAAACCCUCAAUAUUGCUGCCAAAGUUGACGAUGAGAAUGAAGAAGUGGACUUCCCUAAGCUAAGACUCUUAAAACUCGAACACAAUCCCUGGCACUGUGACUGUAGACUUCUCAGAACCCUCCUGGAGCUUGAGCAUCAUGGCAGAAAGGGGUUCUACAGUGAUGAUCGUGCAAGAUGUACCACUCCCUAUGACCUAUCCGGAAUCCUCCUAUCAGAUCUCUUCCAGGAACCCCUAUGUACAAUGCAAGAGAUGAAGAGAACCCCUCGAAUUCCCAUCUAUGAACCAGCUCCCUUCCUAAGGCCCAAAUCCAUUCUCUUAUCCGUUUUCUCAGUGAUUGCUGUCGUUAUCAUUGGUCUGGCUGUUGGAUGUGCCAUUGUGUGCAUCAAGAAGAAGCUCAAACAGAGUGAUUUUGGAUUUACAACACCCGUUCGCUACACAACAGUCCGGGAAAGUUUCAGUACAACCACAUCUGUUGCCUAAAGUUCCCUCUUUUUAUUUAUAGAAUUAAUCAAGCAAUAUAAUUAAGAAUUUGCUAUAUUCCAGAGCUAGUCAAGAGAAAUUUUUACUAUUUACUUAUCAUAAAAUCAUAAUUAUUUGUAAAAAAUCAUCAAGAAUUUUGUGUAUAAAUUGUAAGAAAAAAAUUGAGAUAAAAGACCAAAAAAUAAUUUUCAUUCAA